AUGGCAGACCAGCUACUCGAUCAGCUCCGUGACGUCGUUGAGGGCAAGAUUGAUUUCGAAGGUCAGAAACUGGCUGAGCGUAUCGUCAAUUUCGCGUUGAGUCUUGUUGGGGCGAUCGCUUUCCUUGCCGGUUGGCUACUACAGGACAUCAAAUUGGCCGUCUAUCUCGGCCUUGUUGGCACCGCAGCGGUCUUUCUUAUCGUCGUCCCUCCCUGGCCUUUCUUCAACAAGAACCCCAUCAACUGGCUGCCAGUCGCCGUAGUCGCACCUCCAGUAAACUUAGUGAUCGACGAGAAAAUGCUGAAGUAG